AUGCGCGGCCAGUGUGGAUUGGACGGCUUUCUUCCGUUGAAUUGCAUCUACAAUGACGUUGCCGUACAACCAGAGACCGAUAGUUUUCGCCGUUUGCUCAUCGACACAUGUGGCGUUGAGUAUGCUACUGGGCCUGUGUGUUGUGAUGAUACACAAGUAGAGGCGCUUGCCAACCAGGUCAAAGCCGCUGAACCGAUCGUGUCGUCUUGUCCUGCUUGCUGGUCCAACUUUUUACAAUUCUGGUGCUCUUUUACGUGUUCGCCGAACCAAUCGAUGUUUGUGAAUGUGACGGAUACCAAGCUUUCUGGGGAUGAUGUACCACUCGUGAGUCAAACGGAUUUCUGGGUGGGCAAUGACUUUGGCAACGACUUUUUCGACAGCUGCAAGGAUAUCAAGUUUGCUGCAAGUAACGGAUACGCCAUGGAUUUCAUUGGUGGUGGUGCAAAGGAUUGGCAUAGCAUGGUUUCAUUUAUGGGUCAAAGACGUCCUGGAUUAGGUAGCCCCUUUCAAAUCGAUUUCCCACCCGUGACAUUAGGCGAUGCUUUGGAACGUUACAAUGACCGAGGCAAAGCAUGCAAUGAUUCAGAUCCAGCUUAUCGGUGUGCUUGCGUUGAUUGUGAACCAGCAUGUCCUGUACUCCCGCCAUCACCGGGCGAGAUGCCACAAUGCUACGUGGGUGCAUUGACAUGCUGGGAAUUUGCUCUGGUGACCCUGUAUUGCAUGAUUCUUUUGGUGGCCAUUGUCCUCAUUCUUUUCCGACAACGCCGCAUUGGUCGUAUUUUUCAAAAGUGGUUUGGACUCAAUCUGGAACGUGAUGAAGCUCGGGGUUUAUAUGAACGUGUGGCACUUGCAGAAGACGAUGAGCACAACAGCGACGAUGAAGAGAAUGAACAUUUAUUGGAUCCUGAUCACACACCAAGGAGAUAUUGGUUGAAUGCUCGGCUACAACAUUGGUUCUAUCGACAAGGAUUGGUAUGUGCACGUUAUCCAUGGGCUGUCAUUGCAGCUGGUCUUUGUUUGGUGGUAUUGUGUUCAGCUGGAUGGUCACGUUUCGCUGUGGAAAGAGAUCCUAUCAACCUAUGGGUGUCGCCUUCCUCUCAAGCAUUGGCAGAAAAGAACCAUUUCGAUACCCACUUUUCACCCUUUUAUCGCACCACACAAUUAUUUGUCGUCAGCGAGACAUCCGAUCCCAUCGCAUCAGCUGAGCACCUUGAGAGCUUAUUCGCCUUGGAGAAGGAGAUACGUGAGCUAAAGUCGGAUCCCCAUGGUAUACAAUUUCAAGAUGUUUGCUUUCAUCCCAAUGGUGACGCUUGUGUGGUUCAAUCGGUUACUGGAUAUUGGCAAGGCGACGCCUCCAUGUUUGACCCAAGUAGUUGGGAGGAUGAUUUACGUGAUUGUAUCGAUCAGCCAUCCUUAUGCUUGCCAGAUUUUCAACAACCGCUCAAACCUGAAAUGAUUCUUGGUGGAUAUGAAGAUGAUGCAUUUAUGCAAGCAAAGGCAUUUGUCGUCACAUUCGUGUUGCAAAAUUCACUCGAUCCUGUGGUCGCUUCAAAGGCAGAAGAAUGGGAAAAGACAUUGAUCCACAAGGUGUUAAGCAAUGUCAAUGAUCGUCCCGAGUGGAAGGAUGUCCAUAUUAGCUUUUCAACAGAGAGCUCUUUGGAGACUGAACUCAACAAAUCUUCCAACACGGAUGCCAAGACGGUGAUUAUCAGCUAUAUUGUCAUGUUUGUGUAUGCAUCUCUCGCCCUUGGAAAGUUCAGAUCUUGGAACGUACGACGAUUGGUUGUGGAUACCAGGUUCGGUUUGGGUGUCUGUGGCAUCCUUAUUGUCAUUUUCUCCGUAUCAUCAGCAGUCGGCCUCUUUUCUUUUACUGGCAAAAAGACGACCUUGAUCAUUGCAGAAGUGAUCCCCUUUUUGGUGCUCGCUGUAGGCGUUGACAACAUUUUCAUCCUUUGUCAUGAAUACUCUCGACGUGAAGAAUCAGGAGAAGAUGAGACAAUCGAUGAGCGUUUAGCAAGAACACUGGGAAAGAUGGGACCAAGCAUUCUUUUAAGCUCUCUAAGUGAGACCAUUGCCUUUGGAUUGGGAACAUUGGUGACCAUGCCGGCUGUGAGCAGCUUUGCCAUUGUGGCAUCGAUUGCUAUCUUUAUCGACUUUAUCUUGCAAGUGACCUGUUUCGUAUCAUGCAUGGCUUUGGAUGCACGUCGUGCUGAGGCAAAUCGAUUGGAUUGCAUGCCAUGUAUUCGUAUACGUGCACCUGAGACAGUGGAAAAGGAAGGGAUCCUUGAGACAUUAUGCCGAAUUUAUUAUGUUCCUGCCAUUUUGGGUCGCAAGACUCGCUACAUGAUCUGCCUCUUUUUCCUUGGAUUAUUCAUGUUUGCAUUGGCUAUUGUACCUGCAUUGCCACUUGGAUUGGAUCAACGUAUCGCAUUGCCUUCCGAUUCCUACCUCGUCGCGUACUUUGAUGACUUGGAUCAGUAUUUCAAUGUCGGCCCGCCUGUUUACUUUGUUGUGAGUGAUGCCAACAUGACCGAUCGACAAGUACAAAAGAAGAUUUGUGGUCGUUUCUCCGCAUGUGAGGAGUUCUCUUUGGCCAAUGUUUUGGAGCAAGAACGAAAACGAUCGAGCGUAUCGUACAUUGGUGAACCAACGAGCGUAUGGCUUGAUGAAUACCUAUAUUGGCUCAAUCCAAAUGUACCUUGCUGUCACAUCAAAAAGACCAGCCCUAUUGUGUCACGACCUCGCUUUAGCCCAUUGGAGCAGCUCUAUCGUCUUUCUGGUUACGAUUUGUGUGAUCCAUUCUUUGAUCGAGAUUGUGUACCCUGCCAGCCUGAUUGGUCGAUUAGUAUGGAUACGCUUCCUGAAGGUGAUGAAUUUGUCGAGUUUUUUGAUAUUUGGAUCAACAUGCCACCCGAUGAAGAUUGUCCCCUUGGUGGCAAGGCUGCAUUUGGUGAUGCCAUUGUGAUGGAUCGACAACACGUGACGACCGAGACAUCACAUUUCAGAACAUUCCAUACACCUCUUCGAACACAACAUGAUUUUAUUGAAGCCCAUGCAUCAGCACGCCGCAUUGCAAACGACUUGAGCGAAGAUCUUGGCAUCAACGUAUACCCCUACUCGGUGUUUUAUGUGUUUUUCGAGCAAUACUCGUAUAUCAGCAUGAUGGCAUUUGAGCUUCUCAGCCUAGCUAUCUUGUCCAUCUUCAUCGUUACAAGCACUUUACUUGGCAGCAUGCGUUCCGGUCUCAUUGUUAUGGGCGUCGUGAUCAUGAUCCUAGUGGAUGUCAUGGGUGUGAUGACGCUAUGGGGUGUGAGUCUCAAUGCAGUCAGCCUUGUCAACCUCGUCAUUUGUGUUGGUAUCAGUGUCGAAUUCUGUUGCCAUGUUGCACGUGCGUUUAUGGUAGCAAGUGGUAGCCGAGAGGAACGAGCUGGCAAGAGUAUGGUGGAUGUUGGCAGUUCGGUGUUUUGUGGUAUUACUCUGACCAAGUUUGCUGGCAUUAUUGUGCUUGCGUUUACCCGGUCCAAGAUCUUUGAGAUUUAUUAUUUCCGAAUGUAUUUGGCCAUUGUUGUGCUUGGUGCAUUGCAUGGCUUGGUGCUGUUACCAGUAUUACUCAGUAUGCUUGGUGGAGAAAGCAUGUCGUUGAGCGCCCUAUUUGAUGAAGAUGGAUUUUUAUGGUCAUCACGUGCACCUGGUGCUGGUAGAGGACUCUUGAUUGAUGAUACGGGGAGCUAUGAUCAAGUAUUGAUUACCGAUAUGCCUGAAGAAAACGGUCAAGGAAACAAGUCAUCCCGCCGUCGAGAUCAUGAGCACGGCACAACACCUGAAGCUGGCAAUAACAACCAUAGCUCUAGCAGCCAAGCCCUUUAA